AUGAAUGAACUAGAAGAACAGCACUUUGAGAUGAGGAAAAUUGAAAACCCGAUUAAAAUAAGAAUCGACAACAAAAACUUCGACCGUGAAAACAUUUCAAUACUUAAGGAUGACCUAAAGCUCCAUAAAAGUUCUAGUGAUAUUUUCAAUAUUUUUACAUCAAAUGAGGACAAAUCAGCAGCCAUUAGUUUAUUUAUAGAAUCAAAUGAUCAAGGACACAAUUCUAGUUUUUGGAUAGAAAAUGUGGAUCUUGAAAACGUGAUGCGACACUAUGCAUCAUCAAAAUAUUUUAAUUUGAAGAAUUUAUUAAGCAUUUUGAUGUUUGACUGGUUCAAUUCUAAAAAUGUGUCAAAUUAUGAUUUGUGUCAGAAAUUUGAAGCGUUUGAAAAAUUUGGAGAUUCUCUAAUGAAAAAGUUGCUGCAGAUAUUCGACCGUAAUGAGUACAAACCAUUUUAUCGUGCCUGUUUGAAGAUAAUUUAUCAAUAUAUACAUGAAAAAACUUUAGAAAUAAAGGAAACAUCUUAUGAUAAUAAAGGUAUGAUCCAAGAAAGCCGAGAAGCUAUUCAAAGUGAGGAGGAAAAGUUUCAAACUCAACUAAACAAGUUCAUUAAUGAAGCACUGCUGAUCAAAAAUGAAGAAUAUAAAGUCAAAGUUCUAAAAGCUUUCAUUGUCUACCUGCAAAGUACAUCUAAUGAAAACUUUACAACUCUUAAAGAGAAGAUAAUGGAAGUUGUGCAAUACAAUUUCAAACAAUAUUCAUCCUACGAUAUUUUAAUAGAUUCCAUUGUUAAGCACUGCGAUGAAAAGUUUUUUAAUGGGACACUGGAGGAUCGCGAGAAUGAGAUCUAUGACAUGUUUGAUCUGGAAGAUCCGAUCGAAACAUUCCGUAAGCAUUUAAAAGACAAGAAUUUUAACCUCAAAAUGCUCUUUGGUAGAAGAAAUGUACGGGAAAUGAGUCUUUUUGAGAACAUUUUAUUCCAUUCAAAAUUUCAUCCAGUACUGGAAGAAUUGUGGAAUAAAUUUGAGCUUGGAAAGCGACCAGAAGUGCUGAUGCUGAAAAAUUCUCUAGGGAAAUACUUGAUAGAGUAUGUCAUAUUAACCAGAAACAUCAAUCAAUUGACAUCAUUUCUAUCACUAUCAUCACAUCAAUGUAAAUUGAAUUUUAGUUCACUAAAGCACUUCAUGAUGUUUAAAAAUGCUCUCGUCUACUCCAUAUCAGGAAAAUCAUUAUUCGAGUAUAAUUUGGACAAAGAUUUCUGUGAAGAUUUAGAUUUAUAUGCUGAAUUGGCCUACUUGCUCGAGGAAAUUGGAGUAAUUGAUGACAUUAAACCUGAUGUAUUGAUUGACAAUUUGUUGGAAAUGGUGAAUAAGCAUGAAAGUUAUGUAAGCAAUUUAGCUCAUUUAGAUCUUCUUUUGGGACACAUGAUAGCUUAUUGGAAUCCUCAAAGCAGUCAUGCCAAAGUUUAUAAAAAGGAUUUAUUGCGGAGAUGUCCUUAUUUUGAUCUUCUAUUCAUGAUUCUUGAGGAGAAGUCAAAUGAAUUUGUGCAUGAAUAUUUAAACAAGAUUAGUGAUCUUGAAAAGACGUUUACAGCUAGAUACAGCAUUGUGGAUUUCAAGCAGCAUUCAAAUGAAUCAUUUGCAUCAAAAUUCAUUGCUAUUCUUCUUCUGGCUGCGAUUAGAACUAAGCAACAUAAAGUUAUUGACUGCAUCUUAGCUAACAGUUCACUUUCAAUGUCUCAGUUUAUUUUCACAAAAAAUAUGAAAGUCGAUCAAAUCCACAACUACGCAGCAUUAACUUUAAUAAAGCAAAAUUGUCAAUUAGGUGGAAAUGAUUUUCCAAAAGAUUGGCUGACACAUGACGUCCUUGUGAAAUUUCUUGACUCAAGGAUUAAUUAUCAUGAUAAUGAAUUAAUAGAGAUUGAUUGCUCUUUUAUGUCACGAAUUGAAAGACAGAAAAUUAAAGUUGUAAGUCGCGCUGAUAUCACUGAUGAUUUAUUAAUUAAAGAGGAUAUAAAUUCAUUUAAAUAUUUGGAUGAAAAUGAGAUUGACAAAAAUAUUUUAACACAUCCAGUCAUCAAAACGAUAGUUGCUAUAAAAAGACAAAAGUACAACAGCAUUUACAUGUACAACUUUUGGACAUUCCAAAUUUUAUUCUUUUUUCCAUUUUUGUGGCAACUUCAGCAUCAUUAUCUUGGCUUAAAGCAGUUAGAUCAUGCAGAGAAGAGUCUUCUGGCUAACAUUUGGUUUUGUGGUGUAUUUUACCUGAUUUGCAGAGAACUGAUCCAAUGCUAUUUUGCCAUGACUUUGAAACUUCAUUUUUGGGACAAGACAAAUGUAAUCGAUUCAAUUCUAAUUGUAUUCUCAAUUGCAUUAAUAGCUGCAUAUUCAGGAUUACUUGAUGAUCAAACAAGAAAGCUUCUAGAAGUCAGCUUAGUUAUUGUUACUUCUAUAAGUUUAGCAGCAGAUAUUCCAACAUCAAAAUCUCCAUUAUACAUGCACAUCUUCAAAAGUGUUGCAGCGACCUUCCUUAACCUGUUUUAUUCAUUCGCAUUGAUUUUAGCGGCAUUUGCACUAUCAUUUAUUAUUGCUUUCGAGCACAAACAUAAACUAGAUGAUAAUAUGGUGUCAAAUUCGAACAGAAACUUUGAAAAUUUGUAUACAUCUUUUACAAAAGUCUUAACCAUGCUUUCCGGAGAUUUCAGUAUUGAACCCAUAACACUAUCAGCACUACAAUUAGUAGUAUUCGUCAUUUUUGUCAUAACUUCAUUUAUAUUGUAUAAUUUAAUACUAGGUUUGUCGAUUGAAAACAUAAAUGAGGUUAAACAAGGAUCCAAAGGCUUUAUACUGAUGAGGGAAGUCAAAAAAAAUUAUUGGGGCGGCUACAAAGUUGGAAAAGUUUUACAAAAGUCUCAUGACUGUAAGGAAGCACUUGAAUCAGUAUCCACUCCUUCGACCAAUUCAAUUCAUUCUGGUUGAUUUUCCAUUUGGAGUUGUUAAAUUUUUCAUCAAUAAAUAUAUCUACAUCCACAAUAUAUCAAAAAUUUACGUCAACAAAAGAACCGGUGAUGUCUAUGUGCUUGUAAAUCAUUCUUACCUAUCUAUUUUUAAUGGAAAGAGUUUGAGAAAAAAAUUUAGGAUUGAUGAGAACACUCUGGAUGAAAUGAGUUACAUUAUAAAUGCUCGAAAGCAACAAUCUUUUGAAAAUAUCAACAAAAAUUUGUAAAUUUCUGUAGACUUUAAUUUCUAGCAUUGAAUAUUUUGUCUGUAUUUCCUUAAUUGAUUUCACCAUAAAUUCAUCUAUGUUCUUUCUAACCUAUAUAGUCUGAUGGUUCCAGAAGUAUUUGUUUCCUUAGAAUAAGUUUAACAAACAAGAAAUCUUAGUCUUAAGUCGCAAUUCAAGC